AUGGCCACUUCCUCUACUGACACCAGAGCUGCCAAGCUGCGGAAGCUGAACGACUUCAGACGAGAGUUGCCAUACAUCAGCCAGAAUGGUUUGGCAACUUUGCUCCAGAAGGUCCACAAGGAAGGACUGCCAGAGAUCAGGCAGGCAAAGGCCAUGAAAGAGGCCACCAGGUCCAUCCUGUCCAGCAUGAACACGUAUGGUGACUUGCUGCUCCAUGAGCCCAUGGCAACCAUCACAGGCGACGAGCAGAACAUUUGGCUCACGAACUGCAUGAGCCUGCUUGCUGGACUCUAUAAGCAGGGAGGCAACUGGGUUCUGCCAGGCAACCAACUAGGCCACAGACUGGAAAGAAAAACAUGGGCUAUAUACGCCAGUUUCCACACCAAGCUCCAGCACGAGGACACAUGGUUCCUGCUUUCCAUUGCCAGAAGCAGCGAAGUCGCCAGCCUGGAGGCUGGCAUUAGCCAGGUAUUUUCCAAGCUACUGAGAUCCAUCUUUUGCAACAAGAUUGCAGAUCCCAGACUCGGCUUGUGUCUGCCACACGCCACGGACUCCACGCAAGACAUCCGACUGUUCUUCACCAUGGGCGGGUGGAUCCAGGAUGGCCUGGCCAUGAAGCAGACUUUCUCCACAAAAGGAGAUUCCGGAACCAAAUUUUGCAUUUUAUGCAACAACAUAAGGAGCAUGGCCAUCCACACCGAAGCCACUCUGGAAGAAGAAGAAGACAUUCCAGGUUCCAAUGUCACCCACUUGAGCGAGUGUGAGUUGGCCACAGACCAGGAAGUCUUGACAGCCUUCCAGACCUGCCAGAGGCUGUCGAGGACAAUGCCCAAGGACCAGUUCGCCAUGUACCAACAAGCAGCUGGCAUCACCCACAACCAGCACUCCAUGCUGCUGGACCAGGCAUUGUUGGACCAGAACAUCUUGCGCCCAGUUUCUGGCUACAUCCAUGAUUGGAUGCACACCAUGGCAUCCCAAGGUGUCAUGCAGAAGUCCAUUUGGUUGCUGCUUUCCACAACCAAUGCAUGGGACCACAUGGAAAGCUUUCUCCAACUCUGGACCAUGCCAGCCGCAUUGGCCAAGGCUGGCAAGCUCCAUGACCUCUUCACUCCCAAGAGAACCAAGUUCUACAGGGAGAACCAGAGGUUCAAAUGCACAGCCAGUGAGUGCUUGGGCCUCACCACGCUGCUCCAGUACAUGGUCCAGCGCCUUUGGCUGCCAGCAGGGAUCCAGGUGGACCAGCGCCACAGCUUUCUGGCCAUGGCCCAGGUCCAGGAGAUGCUCCAAGCCACCCACAUGAGCACAGUGUCUCCAGCCCAGCACCAGGUCCAAGAUGCCCUCACCAUCUUCAAGCGUGCUGGGAACGAGGCCGCCAUGGUGAGGAAGCACCACUGGAUGCUCCAUCUGAGCACUCAGCUGGAGGCCAUGGGGUUCCUUCCCAACUGCUGGCCACUGGAAAGAAAGCACAAAGUCGUGACCAUGUACGCCACCAACAUGAUGAAGAUACCAGUCUUCAGCCAGAGCCUGCUCGAAGAAGUCUUGGCCCAUGACAUCCAUGCUGUGCAGACAUCGGACAGCUUCGAGGAAUCUGCCCACCUGGUCCAGAAGCGACACCCAAGUGCCCAGCUCCACAAGUACCUCUGCGAGUCUGUUUUCAAGGCAGCCAUCGCCAAGGACCAUAUCUGGACAGCUGCCGCUGCCAUGCUGGAGACAGGGGGCCAGGUGCACCAGAAGGAUUAUGUCUUGAUCCAGCAGGAAAACCAGUGGGGCUGGCAGAUUGCCAAGGUUGAGUGCCAUUUCGAGGCCGCGGAUUUGGUUUGUUCUGUGGUCCGCACUUCUGACCUUGUCGAGUACGAUGCGGCCACCUACUCGACACAGCGUCUUUCCACUUCGUUCUUACUGAAAAGAUCCUGUGUCCAGUUAUCUGGGCUGCAGAGGGCCAGCGAGUGA